UCACAAAACGGCCUAAAUGAUUCAUUCAGGAAUCAGACCAAUUAAGUUCUGAUUAAGAAAUAGUUGUAAAAUAGUUACAACAAGUCUGUUUGCAAUAUACUAUACUAUUCUUAAUAUUCAUCCAAUAUAUAGUUUGCAUGCUAUAUUUGCUAAAACGUGAUAUAAAAAAAAACAUACACACACAUUAUGUGAAAAACUGUCCCACAAUGCAAUGCGCUCAACUUGAUUUCCAGUACGAUAAAAGUAGCAGACGCGAUAAUUAUGUAUCUAUUUUAUUUUUUCAAUUUUUAUCACUUUCUGGACUCAUUAUUUGAUCAACCUGCCAAAUAAUAAAUAUUGUAUUAAAAUACAAAAAUAACUGGAUGAUACUCACAUGCAAAUUGAACAUCAUAGCAUACUUGUGUUUAGGUUUAUCAGGGAAUAAUGUGCUACAACUUUCUUUUAGCCAAGAAAUUGAUUAACAUAUCCAUUAAAAAAAUACCUUCAACUAAAAAUGUAAGUUAAAUGGUGCCACUGUCAUCUCACAAAGUCUAGCUAGACUAGAAGUACAGCAAGCAUCUCCAUUAUUAUUAGGUAAGGUUGGAGUUUUUUCACAAUGCUAUGCAGCUUGUUGAGGACAGUUGUGCUUUUACUUUAUAUUAAGUUACUUGCAGUCUAGUAAAGCAUAAAUCCCAUAAACGUCUAAAAAAAUCCCAUAAACGUCUAUUGAGACCAACCAGAAAGCACCACUCAUUGUCUUUUGUUACAGUUUUGUUCAUUUCCCUCCCAUUUUUCUGCCAGUGCAUUGUGGGAUUUGGAGACUGGAAAGCAGAAGACUGUUUUCCUGAACCAUGUUGCUGAUUGCAUGUGUCUGUCUCUGUCUCCGGACAUGAACUCCUUUGUUUCUGGUGCUUGUGACUCUCUAGCCAAGCUGUGGGACAUCAGGGAUGGCCAGUGCAAGCAAACCUUCCAGGGUCACACGAGUGACAUCAACGCCAUUUCAUUCUACCCUAGUGGCAAUGCAAUUGUCACUGGCUCGGAUGACUGCACAUGCAAAAUGUAUGAUAUUCGUGCCGAUCAAGAAGUGAUCAGUUACCAGGAUGCCGCACUGAACAGCGGCGUAACAUCACUGGAUCUAUCCGCGUCUGGCCGCCUCAUCUUUGCUGGCGACGACGACUUCAACUGCAAUAUUUGGGACUCGAUAAAGGGCGAGAAAGUGGGUGAGUUGAAAGAGAAAAAAAAAGGUCUGAGUUGGAGAGAAUGCUGAUUAAGCAGGAACAAAGUCCAUUUUAAGCAA